AUGAAAUGUGAUUUUUGUGAAGAGAGUACUCCAAUCAUAGGUAGAUUUUAAUAUGUUAUUAGAAGACAUUAUGCGUCAUUCAUUAUUCUUGAAAUACUCUCAAUCUUAAAAUUAUCAUUACACUAAAGGUAUAAGUGAGAUAUUACACAAUUAUCGAACAUAUAAUAAUAUUCUUUAUAAAGAUGUAUUACUCUACGAUACACCAGAAGAACUGCUUUGUAAAGUGUUCAACUUUAAUAUUUUAUAUGAAAAAUUGCAAAUGUUGGGUGAGUAUUACAAAGUACCAAUCAAUUCUACUCAUAGUUUCAUAAUGAUAUUCCUCGUUUGUUUAUGAUGCCAGCCAUUAUUCCACUCAAUUAUUACCAUGAUAAAAAGAGAAGAUUAGAGUAUUAUCGAAUAGCCAAACUUAUUUAAAAUGAGAACAAGAACAAUCCUGAUAAACCUCCAAAGGGAAUCGUGGGUGACUCGCCAUUGCCUUAUUCUAGCCAAUAAAUGACGGCAUAAGAAGCAAACUCUUCUGAUGAAGUAAAACAGCUCCUCAAUCUAGCCGAUAUCUAAAUGUGACAAGAUCCUUGAAGGCAUAAGUUUCAUUGAGACCAAACCCUAAUUUGUCAAUUUCAAAUAGUAACUCUAACAAUACCAAAUAUUGUAAUAAGCAAUACCAAAUUUCAAAUAUGAAAGUUACAAACCUCAAAUAAAAUAGUAAGCUAUUUAGUUUCAAAAACCAAAUAAUAAAGAUAAAUAACAACGUAAAUCUAGUAUUACUAAUAUACUCAAUAUGCUAAAGAACAAAGUUCCAAAAAAAGCUAUUAAAAAGAAAAAUUUAUCAAUAAAAUCAGAUCAAUUGCAUAUAGUAUAUAUUAUAGUUAUAUAUUAUCAUUUAGACACCAAGAGAUAUAGAUAUUAAAUCUCCUACUAAUCGCACUCUAUUACCAAAUUAAUAAAGAAUUGCAACUCUCUUGAAAUCACCUAAAUGUGUAACUCCAAGAGCACCCUAAUAGAGUCCUCAUCUUCCUAAAAAAGUUCAAUAAUUAGAAAUCAAAGUUAUGUCUGAUCUAUAAACUCUGCUUGCCAAAAAACAUUCCAGAAAUUCCAAAUAAUAUUGCACUGUCCAUUUCGAUAGUAUAAUAUUGGGAUAGGAUCCUAGAAGUCUUACAUAAAGGUUUGAAUCUGGGAAUAAUACCAAAGGACAAUUUGCAAAGAAAAAACUCAGCAUUAAAGACAUUAAUUAAUUUAGAAGAGUAAAAAUCUAAGAACCAUUAUCUAAUCGUGAUUCUCCUCGUAAAUUGAAUUUAAAAUCUAAGUCUAAUGAUAAACCUAUAAGCAUAAAUAUUAGCACUGAUCAUAAAUUUAAUUUCUAUUAGCAAAUUUAAUCAGCCAGAUAAGAUAAGAAUUUUUAAUAAACAACAAUUAUAUAAAAAUAGCUGAAUGGUUAAUCUUUAUCUUAACAAAUUCAUCAUCAAAAAUCAGCCACUGCCAAAUCUUUAGGAAAAUCUAUGAAAUUAUCUAAUAUUUUAGAUUCUUAAAUUUGUAAAGUAGCACUUAAUUUAGCUGUGAAGAAUAUUAGAAGUAGAAAAACUUGA